CUUCGAGCCCUUCUUGGACGCCGGGGCGGAUUUUGCCGGCUCAGGCAUAACGGCAAGCACGAGCUGCAGAGACCACCACGAACGCAAACACAGCAGCGGCACCGAGGUUACCGGAAGCCACUCGGUACUUAUAGAGGCUGUACGCAAAUUAAGGUUCGGAUUACGCCGCGUUGCGAUUCGCGAGUUUUCAGCGGCUCUCUUGCGAGGGGGACGAGGUUAUGUAAAUGAGCGGAUUCUGGUUGAGCUAUCCUAUUGGUCAGCAGGACAAAGAUGUGUUUUAGCCAAUCAAAUUGCUCCGUAGACAAGCGCCGUUCUGCCUAUAAAAGGGUGAAGCGGCGCUGUUAAGAGUGAAUUUGUUAGCCGUUAAACGGGGGUAUUUUGCAGUGCCAGUGGCUGUCAUGUCUGGUCGUGGCAAACAAGGAGGCAAGACUCGCGCCAAGGCUAAGUCGCGGUCGUCCCGCGCAGGUCUGCAGUUCCCGGUGGGGCGAGUGCACCGCUUGCUGCGCAAAGGUAACUACGCCGAGCGGGUGGGAGCCGGCGCGCCGGUGUACAUGGCGGCAGUCCUCGAGUACCUGACCGCGGAAAUCCUGGAGCUGGCGGGCAACGCGGCCCGAGACAACAAGAAGACGCGCAUCAUUCCUCGUCAUCUGCAGUUGGCCAUUCGUAAUGACGAGGAGCUGAACAAGCUGUUGGGCAAAGUUACCAUCGCCCAGGGCGGCGUCUUGCCGAACAUUCAGGCCGUGUUGCUCCCCAAGAAGACGGAGAGCCACCACAAGGCGAAGGGCAAGUGAGGCCGGUCUUCGGAAGCCCUCCCAAGCCCCUUACCUGAAGGGGCACCUGUGAAAUCAAAGGCUCUUUUCAGAGCCACCCACGUUUUCAAAUAAGAGUUGUUCCAACACCUA